AUGGAUAGCUUACGCCAAGAGCUAGAUACGCUUCUGUGUAAGUGUGAGGAUGGCGAUGCUGGAGAAGAACGUAAAUUCAUGCCUUUUCAAUCAUUCCGAAAGGUGUUCACCCCAGAAAGGAUCGAUGAUGCAGUAUAUGGUAUCAAGGAAGCCGACAUGGAAUUUUCUCAGAAGGGUGAUGUAGCAGCUUGGGUUAAAUCACACGCAAGGCGAAUUUUUGCUAUCUUGAUUUUGUUAGGCAGUAAAGAACAUCUUAUCGCCAGGUUUAUGGGGCGGGAUAUCUUCCAAGGGAAAUACGACGAAAAACUUCCCUUCAGCAGAGAAGAUCUUGAUACAAUCAUCCCCGAGAUUGCGGCCGAAUUUUACGAGAAGCAAUGGGAAUUCGUGUCGCCAGUUUGGUCGAAGAAUGUGGUUCACCGAGAACUGCCAUCCGACGUCAGGUUACCGUUCGUUCUUAAUGAGAAACUAGGCCGCGGUGGGUUCGGAGUGGUAUAUAAAAUCAAGCUUCAUGAGCAUCAUCAACGGACUGUUUUGUUCCCAGAAAAUAAGAACCAACAAAUAGUGCGUAAGGAGUUCAGAUCCGCACCCCCACGUGUGGAAUCUCAACUUGCAGCUGGUUCUAGGUCUGAUAGCGCAUCUACGGGGAGUGACUACGCCAAAGAGCUCAGAAAUCUCAGCAUCUUGAAUGAACUCAAGCAUCCCAAUAUCAUUCAACUAGUUACCUCAUAUACAUAUCGUGGAAAACACAACCUCGUGUUCCCGCUCAUAGAAGAUGGCGACCUUGGUAAACUUCUUCGUGGCAACCGGGAACAUUACCCCUCACUGCGACGCAAUGAAACCUUUUUGAUUGCCCUCUGCGAGCUAUCUUCGGCUAUUGAGCGAGUACAUGACUACACAGUUGAAAGAUUCGAUAUAAAGCUGAUGGGUUGUCACUACGACCUCAAACCUCAAAACAUCCUCGUCCAAGGUUCCAAGUUUAUACUUGCCGACUUUGGACUCUCGAGACUUUCUGCCGACAACGAUCAGCAGUUAUUCGCGGGUGGAGGAAGCGACUAUUUUGCACCGGAGUGUACUGACCCUGAAAAAGAUUUCGCGAAAAAGGCCAUUGAUCGGUCUAGCGAUGUAUGGUCGUUCGGCUGUAUCAUUUCAGAAAUCCUGACCUACAUGAAGAUGGGUCCAACUGGAGUGAGAACCUUCCGAGAGCGACGUAAGGUCCUGAUUAAAAGCCAAAAGGUGUCCGCUUUUCAUAAAGGAAUUGGACAACGUAACCAGAACUUCGACGACUGGCUGCUAAGCCCCGAAGUUCAGAAUGGAGCAGACGGGUUUAGUCGAGAUAUGGUGAACUUAAUUAAAAGAAUGACGACACUCGACCAAAAGUCGCGUCCAACUGCAAAAGAAAUAACUAUUGAUCUGCAAAAAACCACCAUUCAAGCGCUAUAUUUCUCAGUUUGGGGGCUUUACAAGAGUCUCCAGGGUAUGGAAAAGCUCAAGGAUUCCUUUGAGGCCUACUCCGAAUACAUGCGAAUCAAAAGCUGGGGAUUCGUUCUUGGGUUCGAUCCAGAAGGCCAGGGCGAAUUAGUAACUUCUAGCCUCCCCGAAACAAUGCCUUUGGUUGAGAUGUACAAGUGCCUGGCAGAGAUCCAGGAAGAGCUUGAGGCCACAAUUGAACGAUGCGAAGAUUCCUGCUCACCCCUUUUCGCGCCCCUCCGCUCUCUUGGUGACAAAUUAUAUGAUACCCUGCCUUUGGAGGUAGCUAUGAAAGCGAGCGCACAUUGGGAAAUCGAAAUGAUUCGCACUGAAAAUCUGGAUACAUUGCUCGAGACUGCUGAAGCAGCCGAAAAUGUUAAUAUCAAAAUCGCAACUCUAGCUCGGAUCAAGCGGAUGUCAGUAUUAGCCACAGCGCAACCUUCAGGACUCACAAAAGAUGGCCUUGAAAUUAGCCCCGAUUCUAUCCGGGAAGGUUCUCCGUUUGAAAAUCACCUAUAUGCCUCAGUUGAAAGCGCAGCUGCACCGAAGAGAAAAGUUCUAAUCGAAUGGAUUCGGUAUAGCAUUGUCGAUACAAAUCUCUUCGAAAAGCUACUUUUAAGGAUCAAAUCUCUGGCAGUUCUCCUAAACUCAAUUGAAACUCCGCCAGACUUUCGGAUCCUUCAUUGUUCCAACUACUUGCACAAAGGUAGCGAUGGUGCUUUUGGCCUUGUCUUCGAUCUCCCAGAUCAAUCGGUCUCAAUACCAAGAAGUCUAGCCGCCGUCAUUCACAAGACGCGGAACUUCCGAGAGCGUCCAUCCCUUGGAUCCCGCUUCAAACUCGCUUUGUCGCUUGCGGUAUCGUUGUCAGGGUUUCAUAAAGUCGGCUGGCUACACAAAAGCAUCUCAGCGUCCAACGUUCUUUUGUUGAUCGAUCCAAAAGAAGCUGAAAGCACAGUCGCAUCUACCUGGCUUACAGACUCCUAUUUAAUCGGGUUCAAUCGUAGUAGAGAGGAUGAUAUCCAAGCCUUCACACUCGGGCAAACCCGUUACGAACAGGUGACCCAGUACUACCACCCAGAUUAUGCGCAAACAAGUUUCCCACACCCACCAUACCGUUUGCAUUAUGACUACUACAGCUUGGGGCUAGUCUUGCUAGAGGUCGGCAUGUGGGAGAGUCUGUCGACUCUGGUGAAAGGAGUAGGAUCUGGAGAAAGCUCUCGGCGGAGAAACACUUCAGUUUCAAACCGAUACCAUGAAAUGCGAGGCUAUUUAGUGCAAAAGCGACUGGUUAUGUUGGGCCACACGAUAGGUGAGGAAUACCAGGCCGCGGUCCAGGCAUGCCUCAGUGGAUUUGAAGAGUUAGCCAAUUCAACCUCACAAGCGAGAGACAAUGUCGCGAUGCAGUUAAAGUUCGAGGAAGAGGUCGUUCAAAGACUCCGCAGGUGUCACGCCUGA